AUGGACAUGCGAUCGUUGAUCCAUCAGAGCUCGUCCUCCAACAGCAGCAGUAGCGCUACUGUCAGCAGUAGCAGUACCAACAGUAGCUUCUCAGCUCCAAUCGUCUCGUCGGCGGUGCCUGCACCACCAUUUGCAGCCAUGCGGUCACAGCCGACCAUUUUCCAGCGCUCUGCAGUGCCUAGUACCGUCUCGCAAACAUCGACGCUUGCUCCGCUCCGCUUCAUUAUCCCCAACGGCAACAGCUUUAGCCACAAUGGAGCGGGCUUUUCGUCCUCUGUCCCGUCCACCAAUCAGUCUACCUUCAACAUGCAUGAACCAGAACGCGAGCCUCAGCCGAAUCACUCGAUGCUGUAUCCGCGAGACUGCAUGAAGACGGAGCAGCAGGAGCUCUCCCCUACACUAAAUGAUCAGAAGCAGCCCAAAAAGAUGAUGCCCAAGCGCACGCGCACUCCGAAGCUCUCCAGCCGGUCCACCAAGAGCAAGGCUCGUCCAGGGCUUCGCAAGGGCAAGUGGACGGAGGAAGAAAGCCGCUAUGCUGCCCAACUGACUAGUUACUUCAAGGAGGGACUGCUACCGCUAGAGAGAGGCACUAUGCUACGUCUGUAUCUCUCACAAAAGCUUAAUUGCGAGCCGAUGCGCAUCACCAAGAAGUUUACGGGCGGUGAAUGCAUUGGCAAGCAGGUCUUUCGUCCCUGUAGCCUUACGCCCGAGUCUCGAGUGAGAAUCAUGCAGGCGCAGCUUGAGCUGGUAGCAUUGGAGGCGGCCUUUAUCAAGCGACUCAAAGAGAAUCGAGAAGACAUGCCAGACGAACUCGACGUGCGUCCCACAUCGUUUGGUCAUAGAUCUCGACCCGUGCCUCUCAAACCCCGUCAUACGGGGAUGUACGAGCCAGGGGAUGAUGACAAGGAGGGAGAUGUCGAAGACGCCAAUGCCGUAGGCUUGUUGCUCGACUUUUUCUACAAAGCCAAUCGAAACGAGAAGAAGCGCGACAAGAAAGCUGGGGUUACCAAGAAGGACGAAUCUUCUGCUGAGGACAUCAGGAAAGAAAUAGAAGGAGCACAAAUCAAGAAGGAAUCCACCGAAAUCAGUACGCCGACCUCACCCGCGACAAAUAGUGAGAGCGACACAUCUGUAAUUUCACCAACGAAGCGCAUGCGUGCGCUUUCUGUCAGUGGCUGCGUCGACCCUGCGGCGUCUAAGCGCUCCCGCGUGGGAUCCUUCUCCAUCUGCCCCCAACAGUAG